UUUUUUCAUUUCUCUUCCUUUUGCUUUCGGUUAAAAAGAAUGUAAGAAUCUAAUCUUUUAUUUUUUGGUCCCCUCAUGAGAUUAAGGAAGCGUCGACAAUGCUUUCCUUCUUGCUCUUCUCUUCACAGAGUUGAUGAGGAUGAAGUUUACUGGAGACAAAAGAAGGGCGAUGAAGAGUUGGAAUGGACACACAGUUCCACUCACGUAAUAUCACAGUUGGCUCGAUGUUUUACUAAUGCUAUGGUUGGAUCACGAUCAUGGAUAGGAGGGCUAUUUAAUCGCUCAAGCAAUAAGCGUAAUGAGAAGUUUCUUGACUACCCUUUGUCUCCUAUUCAGGAACAAAGACUUCAAAAGCUUCAAGAACGAUUACAAACACCUUUUGACGAGACUCAUCCUAACCAUCAGGAAGCUCUCAAAGCAUUGUGGCAUAUUGCCUUUCCUAAUGUUGCUUUGAAAGGCUUAAUCUCUGAACAGUGGAAAGAAAUGGGGUGGCAAGGCCCUAAUCCAUCAACUGACUUUCGGGGCUGUGGUUUCAUCUCUCUGGAAAACUUGCUGUUUUUUGGCCGAACAUAUCCGGCAUCUUUUCGUAGGUUAUUAUUUAAGCAAGAUGGAAAGAGAGCAACUUGGGAAUACCCAUUUGCUGUUGCUGGCAUCAAUGUAUCAUUUAUGUUGAUUCAAAUGUUGGAUUUAUAUUCAGCAAAACCAAAAAAUCUCCCAGGAUUCAAUUUCCUAAAAAUAUUGGGAGAAGAUGAAAAUGCCUUUGAUGUACUAUAUUGUAUAGCUUUUGAAAUGAUGGACGCUCAGUGGCUUGCUAUGCACGCUUCCUAUAUGGAGUUUAAUGAGGUUUUGCAAGCAACACGCACACAACUGCAGAGAGAACUGUCUUUGGAUGAUGUUCAUAGAAUACAGGAUUUACCAGCGUACAACCUGUUAUACCAGUAGCUCUGCUGUUAACUGUUCUUUGGAGCCACCAAAAUGCUGAUCAGUCUCGAACAAUUUUGCCAAUCAAUGGGAACGUUUCAAAAUUUGAGGGCUAUUAACUGACUCGUUCAAGAUGUUAAAAAUGUAUUCUAGGAAGGUUUUUGGAUGCUUUGCAGCUGAGAUUUGUACACUAAAACAGACACUAGAGAAGCUUAAACUACUGAGGCUAUGAAGGCACCUGAUCGACAUUCGACACUAGCUAUAUUAUCAAAAUUUGGAUGGAUGAAGUGCUAGUAAUCGAUGCAAUGAGCUCUAGCUUUCAGGUUUCUAAAUUUUCUUACCACCGGUGUGCAUGAGGAUGGUAGUUAACGAUCUCCAGUUACAUAAUGAAUUUUCAUACUGCUACUGGCUCUUCUGUAUGUUCUUUGCAUGAAUAUGCGGGAAGCUUCAAGAAUUUGGAUUCCUGAUGGAGCCUCUGGUGCCCUAUUGGAAUGGAAGUAAUUCUUUCUCCGUUUCAUAUGAAAUAUUCUGAUGCCCUCUAUCAAGUCCUGCCCCAGUUGGUGGCAUGUAAUUUUCAGAUUGCUUCUGAGUCUAUCAGUCCAAAUAUCAAUUUCCACAGUUUUGAACAAAUGACCAGAUGGUGGCAUGUAAUUACAUGAUAUUUGUUUAAUCUGAUAAGAAUUCACGUUUUUAUGUCUGUCAA